UUAGCCAGUCAUGAAGACAACCACAACAUCCCCCAUUGUUAUCUUCUAUCUUCUUACUUUGUUCUGCAACUUAUGGAUAACAGCAGCGAGAGGGGUAUGUCCUAACACUUCCAAGAGUGACGAGACUGAGACAGAAGUGGUCAGGAAGAGGUAUGAAGGUUGGCUGAAACGACAUGGCCGACAAUACGAGGAUAAGGAAGAAUGGGAAGCCCAUUUUCGCAUUUACCAAGCCAAUAUCAGGUUUAUUGAGUGCGUCAACGCCCAGAAUUACACCUAUAAGCUCACAGACAACAGAUUUGCUGACAUUACAAACGACGAGUUUAGAAGUAAAUAUCUUGGUUCUCGACCUACACAGCAAUUACAGACACAAUUCCGGUAUGAAAAGCAUGGGGCGUUGCCAGAAAGCAUAGAUUGGAGGAAGAGAGGUGCAGUCACCCCCAUCAAAGAUCAAGGCCAAUGCGGAAGUUGUUGGGCAUUCUCUGCAGUGGCAGCUGUAGAAGGCAUCAACCAAAUAAAGACAGGGAAGUUGGUGUCUUUGUCUGAGCAAGAACUUGUAGACUGUGAUUUUAAUGGUGGGAACCUAGGCUGCCUAGGUGGCUACAUGGACAAAGCAUUUACUUUCAUCGAGAAGAAUGGAGGGAUCACCACUGAGAAAGACUAUCCUUAUAAAGGGACAGACGGUACCUGUGAUAAAGUCAAAGCUGCUCAUCAUGCUGUAAAUAUAAGUGGCCAUGAAAAUGUUCCUGCCAACAAUGAGGAGAAACUGAAAGCUGCAGCUGCUCAUCAGCCUGUCUCCGUAGCAAUUGAUGCAGGUAGCUAUUACUUUCAACUUUAUUCUAAAGGUAUCUUCAAUGGCACAUGCAGAAAGGACCUCAAUCACGGAGUAACAAUAGUCGGGUAUGGCAAAGAAGAUGGUCAGAAGUACUGGCUUGUGAAGAAUUCUUGGGGUGAAGAGUGGGGUGAAUCUGGUUACGUUAAGAUGAAGCGUGAUGCUAUGGAUAAAAGGGGCAUUUGUGGCAUUGCCAUGCUACCAAGCUACCCUGUCAAAUAAUAAGGUGUCCGAUGAAAUGCAGAGUAAAAUAACGCAAUUAGUCCAUUAAAAUAAGUAGGCUAGGCUUAUCAAGCAGACUAGAAGUUAUGAUGGACAGAAUGAAAUAAAUAAUAAUCAGAAAGUUCACUGAACAUAUAGAAGUCACGAACUAAUUAUUCUGCAAGGACAGCAACUCAUAAUGUGGUACUAUACAUAAAACCUUUAUCAUUUUCCAGCUAUAACAAUAAACUUGCCAAAUUUCUCUUGGCACUUGUACAAAGAAAUUAGAAUUUUAACCAGACAGUGAAGAAUAAAUUCCAUCACUCGUAUGCUAAGUCUUUCUCACAUGAUAAAACAACAACAACAACAAGAAAAAGCCUUAUCUCGCACGAAAAAAACUAAACAAAACCUAACUUCAAUCUUUUGCAAAGGCACGACCUUAGUAUUGCACUUCCAAGCUUCAAAGAGAAAGGCUUGUCCUCCUUGGGGGUGAUUUUAGGGAUGAUGACACCUUAUUCACAACACAGUUUCUACUAUGUGUAGUUAGCCUGUUCAGCUUUAGGAAUUUUAUUGGCAGCUCUGUAAAUAACAGCAAAGAUCCAGGUGUUGUAAAAAUACGUUACACUGCACAAGCUAUUUUCCACAGGUAACCGCUGGCCAAACCCUGUCUUACUCCCAAUCUGCCCAAAUCAUUUCCAACAGUAAUACAUAGCAGCCUCCGCAAACUGAUGGACAGCACUAAGUAAUCAUAGUAGACAAUAGAUAAUUACCCGUUCCACACUCCAGAAGAUGUCAGAUUGAUUGC